AUGACGGCCUUUCAGCAUGCCUGCUCUGAAAGCUUGACACCAACAACCAUGGGCAAGAUUGACCUCCAUUCUCACUAUGUGCCUCCACUUUGGAGAAACGAGUCGGCAAUGGCAGGUUAUAGCAAGCCAGAUGGAAUGCCUGCAAUUCCGGACUGGUCCGAGGAAGUCCACCUCCAGCUCAUGGCGCAAGCAAACAUCACAAAGUCCAUCCUCAGCAUUACCUCGCCCGGAACGUACCUCACGCCCGGAAACGACAAGCACGCCUGUCGCCUGGCCCGGCAGUGCAACGAGUUCGCGGCCGACCUCAAGCGACGACACCCCGACAAAUUCGGCUUCUGGGCGGCCCUGCCGCUCCCGGACGUUGAGGGGAGCCUUGCCGAGCUCGCAUAUGCCCUCGAUCACCUCGACGCUGACGGGGUCGCCGUCUUCACAAACGCCCAGGGCGUCUACCUAGGCGAUGACACCCUGAAGCCCCUCUUUCGCGAGCUGGAUCGCCGCAAAGCUACCGUCUUCGUCCACCCGACCAGCCCCUGUAUCCGCGGCGCACACGGUGGCCACAACCAUCCUCAGCCCGCCGCGCCCCUAACUCAGUACCCAAACCCGAUGUUCGAGUUCCUCUUCGAGGAAGCCCGCGCGGUCGCAAACCUCUUCCUCUCGGGGACCGUCGACACGUUCCCCAACGUCACGUAUAUCAUCUCGCACGCCGGCGGCGCGCUGCCGCCGACCAUCGAGCGCUUCUCGCAGUUCGCCUCGUCGAUCCUCGGGCUCCCGCUGCAGAUCAGCUCCGACAGCGUCAAGGAGGCGUUCGCUCGGAGCUUCUACUUCGAUCUCGCCGGGUUUGUGUUCCCGGAUCAGAUCUAUGGCCUGCUGCGCUAUGUCAGCGCGCGCAGCUUUGUCUACGGUAGCGACUAUCCAUACACCCCGGCUCCCGGUGUCCUGUCGAUUGCGGAGACGAUCCACGAGCAUAUUGAUGAGGCUUUUCCGGACCCGCGUGAUGUACAGAGUAUCUUCUCUGGGAAUGCACAGCGCAUCCUGGAUCGGGUCUGA